AACUGACAAAAACUUCCCUGUCAUUAGGUUAAACUCUUGAAGUGCAAUGCAUUGUCGAAGUGAAUUUUAAUAGAAGUAAUUUCAAAAAUCGUAUGAACAAGUACUAAAAUCAAUUAUUUUUCAAUAGUUUACAGUUUUUCACAUAAUAUUUACUUAGAAUAUCGACGAGAAAAAAUUUAAGAUCAAAUUUUUAAAAUCAACACGUUUUUAAAAAGGUUACCCAGCCUUGACAUGUUCAAUUAGCAUAAUAUAAAGUAAAAAAUUUAAGUAAAAAUGAACAAAAAGAAGCAUCAAACCGAUCCUACUUGUGACAUUUCCUCAGAAUCUGCUGACGAGAACCAAAAUAACGUCGAGUGCUCUCACAUUAAUAAAGCCGUUGACCUGUCGAAAAUCAGAAAGGCUCUAACGAGAACAGGAUUUCUGACCGAAUGCGAGGAAUGUAAAAAAGUACCUAUCCCGAAUGAUAUGGGCGAUAUUGAAUUCGAUAACUCCCUUUGGUUGUGCUUAAAAUGCGGACACCAAGCUUGUGGAAGGUAUCGAAAUCAACAUGCUUUACAUCAUUACAAAACCCCUCAUUCUGAUUCGCACGCAAUGUGUCUCAAUACGACCAUCUGGAGUGUUUGGUGCUACGAUUGUGACGAAGAAAUCAAUCUCACUUGUAAGAAAAAAUUGCUGGAAGCCGUUGAAACUUUAAGGAAACAGGCUGAAUCUAAUAAGAUAAAACAACAACCAAGUAUACCUCAGGUAACAGAUAAAGUAUUAGAUAUAAAUCCAACAAUUAGUACUGGGGCAACGCCCAAACCCCAAAACUCUGUAACUUCUCUGCUUCCAAGAGCUAGGGGACUUUCAAAUUUAGGAAAUACUUGUUUUUUCAAUUCUGUAAUGCAAUGUCUGGGUCAGACACCGUAUUUAGUCAAAUUAUUAGAAGAAACUUCAGUCGAAGAUCAAUAUUUCAAAUUACCAGGUGGUAAAUUAAUUUUGGAUAACAAAGAAGUACUUGAACUUGAACCGUUAGAGGGUACUUUAGAAAAAUGGAAACCACUGACAGCAACUUUAGCGGAAACUUUGAGAGAACUUCAAAGCGGUAGACAAGAAGUAUAUGUACCAAGGAUGUUACUAUCCAGACUCACGACUAAAAUGCCACAAUUUGGUGGCGGUGAUCAACAUGAUUCUCACGAAUUAUUAAGACAUUUAUUAGAAGCUGUAAGGGAAGAAGAUUUGAGGAGAUAUAAGGCUGUUAUCCUCCAGAAAUUAGGUUUGAAUAACAAAACUGAUCCCGCAACUGUGGAGGGCGAUAAAAAGAAAAUAGUGAAAUUCUAUGGAACCCAAGCAUCCGAAAUGCUACUGCCAACAGAACAAGUUUUCAGAGGAGUACUGGUCAGUACUCUACAAUGCCAAGAUUGCGGACACACAUCCCACAGGGACGAAUACUUCCUCGACUUGAGUUUACCGAUUAGUGAAAAGCAAUUGCCACCGGUGUUGAGGAGGAAAGCCGAAGACAUCGAAGAUUGCAAUAAACCUUCCAAAUAUCAGAGUAAAAAGGAAAAGAGAGCAGAAAAAAAGAAAAACAAGAAACAAAAAAGUAACAAGAAUCUCCUUACCGAUACUAUAACGUUUAACAACGACGGGACGAUCGUUAAUAAAAGUGACAGCGAAUCGGACGCCGAUGUCGAAGAUAACGUCGAGGAAACCUCCUCCAAAAUAGCCAACCGCGAAGAAAUCCCUAAAGGUACCGAAUCCGGUUACAACUCUGAUAAAAUAGACAAUAGCAGUCCUGAUUCGAAUAACAGGGACGUAUCACCCGAGAUGAGGGUAGACGACAGCGGUGUACCGAGUCCUAUUAUCGGAAUGCUCAGCGUUUCACCGGGAAGUCCAGAAAAUAGUCCGGCUUCCAGCGAAACGAAUCUAGAUACUUGUAGUAGUACUAGUCCGGUUUGUGGUCGUAACAGUCCUAAUGAUGAAGUUGUGGAGGAACUGGAGAGACCAGAAUCAAGACUGGCGUUCGUAAGUAAUAAGAACACGGAUCUAAAAGUUGACCUAGGAAAACUUAGUUUAGUAAAUGCUGAUAAUCGGAAAAAGAUUUUUGAUCGAGACGAAGAUUGUAGUAUGGAGGGCGCCUGCGGUCCUGUUCAGGAAAAGAUGGAAGAAGAUAAUUGUAUCGAAGACGAUGACGAGGAGGACGACGACAGCUUGUGGUCCGUUACGAUAUCGUCUCGAUAUCAAUGCGAAGAAGGAGAAUGUUCGGUGCAAUCGUGUUUAAAUCAAUUCACCGAAUGCGAAUUGAUGGCUGGCAAUAAUAGGGUUAGUUGCGAAAUGUGUACCAAAAGAUUCGGGGGGCCCGAAAAGAAAACUGUAUAUACCGACGCUUCCAAACAAUUACUCAUCUACAAUCCACCAGCAGUGUUGAUAUUACAUUUGAAGAGGUUCCAGGUUUACAGAUUUCGAUCGGCCAAAGUCAACAAAAACGUCAAAUUCACCACGCUCCUAGAUUUGGCGCCGUUUUGCUCAAAACGUUCCCAAAAUUUACCGACGUUCGAAUCUGGUCAAACUAAAGUUUUAUAUUCCUUAUACGGAGUGGUAGAACACAGCGGCAGUAUACACGGAGGUCAUUACGUAGCCUACAUCAAAGUCAGAGCACCAUUAGACGAAAAUAGUUAUAGAUGGCAGUAUCUACCCAAAAAUCAAAUUAAAAAAAAUGACAACGGUCCUAAAGGAGCGAUAGGGGAACCGGAAAUUCCUGCCGGUAGAUGGUUCUAUAUUAGCGAUUCCUACGUAUCCGAAGUACCGGAAUCUAAAGUGUUAGCAGCGCAAGCUUAUUUACUCUUUUACGAGAGAAUUUUAUAAAUUUUUUUUUGGAAUUUCUAUUGUGGAUAGAUCCUUUUGUAAAAAAACGUACGGUCUCCAUCUUGGAUUUAAGAUAAAGAGUUUUUCUCGGUUUAUUAUUAUUUAUAAUCAAUAGAAGAAAUUUGUUGAGAUGUUUUGAAGGUUGAACUUAAAUUUUUGGUAUAUUUCCAUGAUAUUUUGGAUCCGAACGGUAUAGAACAACCAAGCAACACUGUAAAAAUAUUAAAUUUCAAAGUCACUUUGAGAUUUGAUACAAUUUCAAUGAACUUACUAAAACUUCAUUCAAUAUUACACACAAAUACAUAGGCAGUUCACAAUGUAUUUAUUACACCAAUACUCAUUGCGGGUUUUCAUAAAUCGUUGGUUCUUACCCGGCUCGAAAGACCAGAUAGGGUCUUUGGACUGGUUUGGAAUUACUUUCUCUUUGGAAUAAAUUCACUGCCUCAUUGUUAUAACUUUUCAUAAAUAGCUGGUUCUUACCCGGCUCGAAAGACCAGACAGUGUAAUUGGACUGAUAAUAAUCGUAGUCGAAGUAGAAGUAGAGGGAAAUCCUAUACAAGACUAGUUAGUCAUUUGUAAGUCAAUUUGAUGCAUAUUUGGGGAUCACUCGAUAACACUGCGCGUUUUUUUUUGUCUUUUUAAAGAUAGCAUGUUCUUAACAAUUUUCAAGGAUCAAACAGUUUAAUUGGGAGAGUUGGACUGUUCGAUUGGUUUCUCUUUGGAAUAAACACACUCCCUUGUUCUUGGAGCUUUUCUUAAAUCCUUGGUUCUUACCCGGCUCGAAAGAACAGAUAGGAUAGUUGGAUUGGUGUUGGCUUGGUUAUUGAAGUUUCUCAUGAAACGGUGGUUCUCUUCCGGCUCGAAGGACCAGACAGUGUGGACUGAUAUUCGUAGUCUGCUACUGGUUCCUGUUGGAAAGUGGGACUCUAUGAGAAAUAAUAACAAUUUCGUGUGGGGUACGGUUUAUUUAUGGUAUUGUUCUGAUAAAAGAAAACUUUUCCUCUAAUUCCUCUUAUUCUAAGUUAAUUUCAUGCAUAUUUCAUGAUUACUCGAUUACAUUACCUGAUUUUUUGAGCCUUUUAUAGAUGGUUUUUAUUAAUCGUUGGUUCUUAUACGACUCUGAAGAACCAGACAAUGUGAUUGGAUUGUAAAGAUGGUUUGGAACUGGUUUCUAUUUGGAACAAACACCCUCAGUAUAAUGGAAAGUUUGUAAUUGGUUUCUCUUAAGAGUAAAUAUUGGUUCAUAUCUUAUAAUCACUCAAUUGGAGUCUUUUAUUACUUAUUAAGUUUGAUGGAUCAUACAGUUUAAUAUUUUCAUUCUGGAUGAUUGUAAUUGCAAAUCGGUACCUAUUUUUGUUUUAAACGAAUCCAUGUAUGAAAUUUAUCCACUUGUUUGUUUCCGUGAAUACAAAACGAGAUGGUAACCCAGUUUUUUAUUGAUAGAUUUCGGAUCCCAUAGAAUCAAUGCUAUACACUAAUAGAAUUGAAUAUCGCAUUCAAAUAGGAAUUCUAUUGUCAAAUACACGUCAUUUUUGACAGCUUGGAUGUAAAAUGUAAAAAAAAUUUUUGGUGCUUAGCGAAAAAGUUAGUAUACAAUAAUUAGGAAGAAUUGUGCCGAAUUGAUGGACCUAUAUGAUUAAACAAUUAUUACCAUUUUUUUUUUGGAAAAACGUAACUUUAUUGUGUAUUUAUUAAAUAAUUUUAUACUAAACAAUAA